AUGGCAUCUGUUGCGUCAGAUUCGUCUUUUGAUGAUUUUAGUAACAGUGAUUCCUGGGAAACUGAGCUUGAAAUCGCUCUAUUAAAAAAUGCACCUUUAGCGGAAAUUAAAUCUAUCUGUUAUCUCCGUCGAAUUCCAUCAAGGUUGCGACGAGAUUUUUGGCGUUUGUGUCUCCGAGUUGAGUCCACCUCUGGAGGAAUGUCAAGUUUCACAGAUAUCUUUGAUCUUCAAUGUCAAGAACAACUUCAUUCAGAAUGCGACAAUGCCGCAGCUGAAGUUCUCUCUCAACUUUCCCAGAUUGGUGCAUCAGAGACCGAUAUUAUUGACGACCCCCCAACAUCCUUUCAUCUUUCAAGCGUCUUCGAGUCGAUUCUCACGCAUUUUUCUCAGACUUACUCUAUUCCAUUCGUACCUGGCAAUGGUUGGAUUCAGAUUCUAUCUACUCUCUACAUAGUUCUUCGUCCCAGUGAUCGGGACGACUUAUAUCUCUCUUUCACCUCCGUUUAUCACCGCUUUAUAGCCAGUGGAACAAGAGGAAGUCAUCAUGCCUGCAACGCUUUCAGACUUUUGCUUCAAUACCAUGAACCGGAAUUGUGCAACUUCCUUGACUCUCAUAAACUUGGGCCGGAGGUAUAUGCAAAAGCUUGGUUUGACAGCCUUUUUGCUUGCUCUUUGUCGAAUGAUGCGCUACCUGUGAUGUGGGAUUAUUACUUUCUUCUUGGUGAACCUCAGUUCGGCAUGUUCGUUGCUUUGAUUCUGCUGGUUAAUGCAAAGGACAGUCUGAUGCAAAAGGAAAAUGUGAUUGGUCAAGAAGUGACGGAAGAUACAUUUUCUUUGGGAGAUAGUGAUGAAUGUGAUGAUGAAGCGGCCGAUUCAGAGAAUGUUAUUAUUCCUUUAAAGUCAAGAGACGAAAUUCUAAGUAAACUCCGUUCCCUCCCCUCUCCAAUGCAACCCACAGACCUCCCUGCCCUGGUGGACAUCACACGUGUAUACGCUUGCAAAACGCCCAACUCCUUCUAUACCCACUACCUCUCUUUUCUCUUCGGCACCCCAAACCCGGGCAGUGACGAUGGAAACCACCUUGUAGACGGUGCUCUUACCCUCUUGGUUUCUGUCGAAGAAGUUCUCUCAGUCGCACAGGCCUCCACAUCUCAACAUCAUCCACCGAGAUCCCUUGAAGAUAUUGAGAAUAAAGAUGAGGAGGAGGAAGGGGUCAGAUUCCUACUUGUCGAUUGUAGACCAGCGGAUCAGUAUAAUGCAGGCCAUCUGGCGACGGCCUUCUAUUUGGAUACGGAAUUGAUGUUGUCGAAUCCACCGGAAUUUAAUACUAGUGUGCAGGCACUUCUCCAAACGCAGCAAAGAGGCAUUGCUUCGGGCUCAUUGGCUGUAGGUGAGCACAUAGUCUUCAUGGGCAGUGGUCGACAAGCCGAAGAUCGUGUAGCCAACAUGGUGAUCGCCCACUUCCUCCGUUUGAACACCCCUUACGUGAGUAUGGUCGACGGCGGCUACGCUGCUUUUCACGAAGCCCUAGGCCCAGUUGAAUUCAAUCGUUUCCUCGUUUCUCAUGACGAGGAUCUUUGUUUCAUCUGCGCAUCCAAUCGUGGUCAAGCAGCCAUUCGUAUGGCUCAAAAGGCAUCACAUGCGCAAGGCAGUCUCAGCAUUCCACGUUCUGCCCCUAUUCCCCCUCUACCUUCUACUCAACCUCUUAGUGUUGUCUUCUCAAAGUUCUCAAACCUUUUAAAGAAGUCAUCUCCCUCCAGAAUUCCUCAAAAUAAUUUUUCAAAUACUCCAGCUGCUGCUCAGUCCGUUCAAAAACAAACAUCUUAUCGAAAUACCGCUGCAGUCUUCAGUAUAGAUGAUAAUGAUGAAGACGAUGAAAGUCCUGAAUUCGAUCUCCGACCUAACCCUCCUGGUCCUCUACCGAUAAGUCCCUCUUCUAAGGGUAAAUUAGUUCCAGUUGUCACUAGCCUCGACAUCUGCCAACCUGGACAGUUGAUUAGCCUUCAAUCCUGUUCUACCAUGCCUGGAGUGAAACAGAGUUUUGAUUGCACGUUGAUCGAGUUGGAUGAAAUGCCGUCUUUUAGAGGAGUUAUUCUUGUCUUGGAGAGGUCUGUGGUUGUUGUAAGGGAGCGUGAAAAGCAAUUGCUGGAAACUCUAAGCAAUCUCAUGCAGAAGACCUUCUUGAAGAAGUCAUCUGCGCCAUCGGUGAAUGAUAGAACUGCUCUAGAUGGAGUUAUUGAAGUGGUGUUCCCUCUGACGCAUAUAACCAAGAUUACUUCGAAGAAAAUCACCCCAGAAAUAAUCACAUUCCAUUGCAUUCGACCUGGUGAAGAUCUUGUUUCCGAAACCCAGGAAGCUAUCCGAUUGCUCAUCCCUAAGGCCGGAGACGCGGUUAAGGUAAUUAAAGCUGCAGUCUUUAGUACAAAUGGCAUCAGUUGA